GGCGCGGCGCGGGGCGCGCGGCGACCGGUGCGCCGCGACCGGAGCGACCACCGGCGUCCUGCGGCAAGGCACGGAGAUCGGGGUGAUCACCGGCGCGGCGCGGGGCUCGCAGCGACGGGUGCGCCGCGACCGGGGCGACCACCGGCGUGGUGCGGCGAGGCGCGGGGGCGCGCAGCGACGGGUGCGCCGCGACCGGGGCGACCACUGUCGCGGUGCGGCGAGGCACGGUGACCGGGGCGAUCACCGGCGCGUGGCGGCGAGGCGCGGAGACCUGGGCGAGUGGGUGACCAUAUUCGCGGCCGUGGCGGAUGGUUGCAGACUGAUCGACAGCAAACCCCACGUCGCGAACGGCUCAGGGGCGGCGGGCGGCAGCUUGACCAAACCAACAAGAAAAUCGAAAGGGGCAACAACCAAGUCCAGAAACAAUGGAGAGGAAGCCGCCGCAAGACAACAAAAACAAAGGACCGAGCAAAAAAAUAGAGGGGAGGAAUGAAUUGGGUGGUUCGGGUUGGGAAGCUUUCCGGCAGCUAAUGGAAACUAUGCCUAAUGGUAACUUGGAAUUUUCCUGGGUGAGGGCAGAUCUUCAUGCGCAAAAUAUCCUUCCAGCAGUGCGCGACCAAGGAAUAGGACGACCAACAUGCGUUUUCCACGCUUUGUGCGCAGCGGCCGAGAUGGAGAUACGGAGAAGCCAGGCCAUGAGGGAUCCUCCUAGCACAAGUGAUAUCACGUUCAGUGCGGAAUCUUUUGUGACUGAUUUUGAGAGGGAGAUCAGGUUGUCCAUAGGUGAGGAAAGAGAGUUACGCCUGGUGGAUCGUCGUGAAGACGUGGGCUUGCGGUUGUUCCGGAGUAAUGGCGUUGUUGCACGCUCUGCAGACUGGGGUGAUGAGCAAAGGGUCGGAAUCGCAAGUUAUCGGGUGCAUCGGUACCUCAACUUCAUACAAGUGGCCAGGUUCCUCUCAAGGGGGAGAGCUGUUGUCGGUGUCAUACCAGCUGGCGAUGAACUCAUAGAACUGGGGGCUGAUGAGAUAUACCAAUUUUACCCAUUGGAGGCGACCUAUGGGAGGGAGGCAGAUACCACACAUAUGGUACUGUUUGUAGGUUUUGGUGUUCAAGAUGGCACAGGGAGGCCUUACUUAGUAUUUGAGAGCAGCACCGGGACCGGCUUUGCAGACAAUGGCUUUGGUCGGAUUUUCUUUGAUCAGAUUUUCCGAGAAAGGCUCUAUACGCUCACCGCUGAAGCCCCACAACCGCCACCACCACCACGCAGCUGUGCAGACCCUCAGAGCUCCAGCUCCUCUGCCACCUCGCCUCCAGUACCACCUCCUCCUCCUCGUCCUGAAGACCUUGGAAACUCCAGCUCCUCUGCGACCCCAGCCCUACCACCACAGCGUCCUCCCUUUCAGGGCCAUGAAGAUCCUGGGAGCUCCAGCUCCUCCGCUGCCCCAUGCAGUGACGAGGUCCUGGAUCCACUGACCGUUGCUGCUGCCAUAGAUGCUGUCCUUGAAGCCGUCCUCGAAAAUUUCAUUGGCAUUGCUAUUGACGCUGCCUAUGAUAACCCUGACUUCGACGACACCCUUGGUUGACGGGUGCCGCAAACAUAUCUCCUGUUUUUUUUUCUUGGAGAUCAGUAAGUUCGUUUCAGAUAGUUUGACCCCCACGCACAUAGAAAUGGACGAAUAGCAUUUAGGCGUACAUUUGACUAGAGCGGCAUUUACCGUUUACAGAAUGUCAGUCAGCAUAUGCCUCUGUGAAAUGCACAAUGGUGUUGGUGGACGGAUACUUAUUUUGUACACCACGUGUGCAUCGUUGGUACCCAUGCUUUUACCAAGCAGUUGCCAUGUGCACAGAUCUCUUGUGACUGUCUUUUA